AUGAAGGUCCUAUUUAUCGAAUGUGACGGCGAAGGGCGGGCCCAGAAGAGUGUCUCUGACGAAGGAGUGACCCGAACGCAACAUGCCGCGCGCGAAUAUCACAAAAAGGCCAAAUUGCGCAGGGCCAAAACCAAAGCCCAACACGCGCAGGGCGCUCGCAAGGCGAACAAGUCCAACUCCACGACCUCGACAGAUGAUUCAGCGGUCCUGGAACUGAAGGCCAAGCGGGAAUCGCCUGUCAAGAUCCUGCUGGGCGCAAGUCGAUCCGAUCCAUUCCACACCAUCGGCGAGACUGGGGCCGUGCCCCUCUACGUUCACGAGAUGCUGGACCAUGCCAUCACAUGUCACUGGACGGAGAUGUGUCUGUCGGACGGCGGAGGAGUCAGCGCCGCCAGAACCGAGAUCAUGCAGUCUGUCAUCCACUGUCCAGUGACUUGGUACACGAUUGUCUUUGCGGGCGCGACCCACAAUGCGUACCAGUACGGGGAUCGCGGAACGACCAAGCAGAACGAGCAGCUCAGGCUCACGUACAAGUCCAAGGCCAUCAGGUCCCUCCUCGACUACAUCCAAGAAAAUGGUGACAACGUGUCUGAGGAGGCCCUUCUAGGCAUAAUUACGCUGGCCUCUCACGGCACGGGCGAGAACCUGAAGGGUCACGAAUCUUACAAGCGACAAACCCUGCCUUUCCUGUCCCAUCUCCAUGACGUUGACUACUACGCAAAUAUGGACACUGGCAUGGAACAUCUAAAUGCCGUGUAUGCAAUUGUGGACCGAUGGGGAGGGCUGCGCACGCUACGACGGAAGAGCUUGGCCAUUGUCAUCCAAGUGUGCGACAUCCUCACCUCCUGGAGGGAAUUGCAGCAUCCUCACUUCAACCUCGUGAUGCCGACAACGUGGCACAUCAACAAGAGGAGCCAUCAACCGGACGCGGCUGCCCAGGCACUCCUCGAAACUCUGACGACGGGCUUUUAUGAAUUGAUCAACGAUGGGUACUCCAGCCUCGACAGUCUCGUGGAGGUUGCCGACCACACGAGCAUCUUCUCGGCCGACUUUGAUCAGCUGCUGAGGUCCUACGGUCUCCCGGAAGAGGAACAGCCUUUGCACACGCCGAACAUGGCCCUCGUCAGGUAUAUGCGAUGGUGCGUGCUCCACGACAUGCUCUCGCUGCCCGAGCACGCCACCACCGGGGAGAAAGUCGGGGCCGAGCAUGUCGUCUACGAGCUCUGCCGACAUAUCUUGUUCGCGUACGCCGUGUUUGUCAUCGUGCCCAUGCCCCCGCGGACAAUGUUGCAGGCCAAGAUCGCAUCACGUCUCGGACGUCUCCUGAUCAGUGCGGUCAAGGCGGGAAUCCCUGGCCGCCACCCCAACCUCUUCCUCUGCACCGUCGCGUGGGGCUGGAUGUGCACGGACCAGGCUGUCGGGUACCGCAAGCGCGACAAGCUCCUGGGCAGUUUCGCCACGCUGCUCGAGUUCGCCGUCGUCCCGCGCAGACCUGAGUCGUGGCCCGUCGUCGAGGAGGUGAUGAGGUCGUUCUUGUGGUUUGACACGUAUUGUGAGGGGCCGGGGCGGAAGUUCUGGGAGGCAGCAUGUGAGGUGGUGGAGGAGGGGGAGGACAUUAAAGCCGAAGAUGAAGACGAAGCAGGAAAUGACGUACCGUCCAAACACAAGAUCGGCCAAGAAGUUCUCGACUCCCGCAACCACGACGACCACGGCGACCCGCACCGCGCGGCGCUGCACGACGACACCGACGCGAACGCGACCGUCAGCGCCACGACCUGGGCGGCCGUCUUCAUCCUCGGCCUCACGUACAUCUCGUCACUCAGUUUCACGCUCGACUCGUUCGCCUCCAUCGCCCCGCUCGUCGCCCUAGGCUGCAUAGCAAACUUGGACAACCUGAACUGGGCCGCGGGGAUUCUCGCACUUCUUCUCGGAUCGCGCCGCCCGACCGCUGUUUCCGUACCGUCUGUUUCCGCAAAUGGCGCGCCUUCACGUCGCUGGUCGUCAUUAUCACUCUCCUCGGCCCUCGCGCACAUUGCGUUGACAGCCGACGCGUUCAGCUACGUGUGGUUGUAUGCCUCGAUCCCGUUCUUCGUCGUCGCGUGCGUCGUGUCGCUCUUCGUGCUGGAUCCGUCGCCAUAUUUCACGAACCUUGCAGCCGUCACCACAGGGAAUCCUCACGAGCACAUUGCGAGUCGUCCGGGGGAGUUGACCGGGGUCACGACGAGGCUAGUGAAAACGGUGCGCGUGGGGAAAAGGACGCCGCCUCAUGAAACGCGUCAAGUAAAGGAAGGCAACAAGGCCCAGGGCAGGGACAAGGGAACCCUAGUACUCAAACUCAACAAGGUGAUAAUAGCCAAAAGAUGA